AUGACUACUAAAGUCGCGUUAAUCACCGGGGGUGCUAGUGGCAUGGGUCUUGCUGUCACCCGGGCACUUUCAGCUCGUGGAGACUGGGUUGUGAAAAUUGUUGAUAUCAACGAAACCGCGGGAACGAAAGUCGCCCAAGAGCUGCCUCAAGUUAAUUUCCACAAGGCCGACGUGACGAAAUACGAUGAGUUAUGCGAUGCCUUUCAAAAGUCUUUCCUAGACCUCAACAGACUAGACUUCGUCUUCGCCAACGCGGGGGUGGUCGAACGAACAAACUUCUACGCCCCGCAACCCCCGACCGAAUCGAUUGUACCACCACCCGAGCCAGACCUUUUACCAAUAAAUGCAGACUUGAAGGGCGUUGUUCUCACGAGCUGGUUGGCACAGCACUAUUUCCGCCUUUCGUCCCACGAGGGACGAGGUGCAAACGUUGUGAUGACCGCUAGCUGUACCGCAUUCUACCCAUCCUUCUACUGUCCUCUUUACUCUGCAGCAAAAGCGGGAGUGGUUGGAUUUAUGCGAUCGAUUGCGCCCAACUUCCAAGCCAACGGAAUACGCGUCAACGCCAUCUGCCCAGGUAUUGUACGAACUAAUCUUGUCGACGAGAAAGGAUGGAACAGCUUCCCCCCAAAUCGGUUUGUGAAGCUAGAGACUAUCGCUCAAAUAGUGCUUCAGCUGGUGGAUGGUGGCAGCCCCGUGGGUCAAGGAUUAACCGACACACUCGGAAAAUCCGUUGCCGCGUCCAAACUGUACGGACAUGCAGUUGAGAUCUCGGACACGGGUGUCUACUUUCGAGAUCACCAUGAGUUCUGUGACGAUGGUAUGCGCGAGGUUAUGGGAGCAACAAAGCUUGACAACCAAGUGGACGGUAUUCUUAACGAUUGA